AAGCAAGUCGUCGUUUCGGUUUAAAAAUUUUGGUAAUUGUUAUGGUGGGAAUUGAGUGUAUGAAAUAGUAAAUGUUCACGUUUGCCUCUUUAUUUUUUUUGAUAUUGUAUGCUAAACUGUCGCACUCUAUUCUAAAAACUUCGUGAAGUAAUCAUCACUCGGUGUAACAAAUCUGCAGUUUCAAGGCUGCCUAAAACGUCUGUGGUUGAUUGGAUAAGAAAUUUGAAGACUUUAUAUCACAAGACCGAAUUUUUAGUGGACUUAAUUGCGGCAAAUCAACAGACAGAAUGGAAACUUUAUCAUCAAGCUCUUUUGUGGAUGUGAAGAUCCCGGCUCCUUGGGGUUACAUAUCAGGACGUUGGUAUGGUAAUCGAACGGAUAGACCUAUCUUGGCAAUACACGGCUGGCUGGACAAUUUGGGAACCUUUGAGCAACUGAUUCCGCUGCUACCGGAUUAUAUAGGAGUACUUUGCAUCGAUCUGCCCGGACAUGGAAGAUCUUCUCGAUUUCCAGCGGGUGUGCACUAUAACGUCUACGAUUACGUGUUCAUCAUUCCCAGGGUGAUGAAGGAGCUUGGCCUGUCAAAGGUCGCCCUAAUGGGUCAUUCUCUGGGUGGCGUGAUGAGCUUCAUGUACGCGGCAAUGGCGCCCAGCACUGUGGAUUUCGUUAUAUCACUGGAUGUACUGCUGCCUCGCAGGAUCGAGGAUCCCAGUAAGCUAUCCAGGGAUAUAGAAGGCUAUUUGGUGGAGGAGAAGCGACAGGCGGAUGGUACCCAGCCCGAACCACCCUCGUUUACGCUGAGUAAAAUGCGCAAUGUCCUGGCCCGGAGCAGUAAUAACUCGAUUCCUCACAGCCUGGCCGAUCACAUGCUCCACCGCCAGGUGGCCAAGUCGCAGAUUUAUCCGGAAAAGGUGUUCUUUUCGAGAGAUGGACGCGUUAAGUUCUACCACAUAUUCGACAUUGAAAACGGACUGGCCGCCGAAAUGGCGAGGCGUAUUCAAAAGAAGCCCUAUCUGGUCAUCAAGGGAUCCCUUUCGCCAUUCGUUGGUCCCCGUUGCGACGAGACCAUGUCCAUUCUGUCUCAAGAUAAUCCACACUUUGAGUUCUACGAGGUGGAGGGCGGCAAACAUCAUGUCCAUCUGCAUGCGGCCAAGGAAUGUGCCCGGUAUAUCGUGCCCUUUAUCCGCAAGCACAUACCUUCAAAAAGCAGCAAAUUGUAAUGUAGUUAUGAAAGCACUACACUUUC